AUGUCCCGAAAACGUAAGAGGCAGUCCUCCCCCUGUCAUGAGAGGUACGAAAUUGAUACAUCAAAGAAGGCCUACGAUGAUAUAAUUACUGUUCCAAAUCCCAAUGAUUCUGGUUCUGAUGCAUCAGAUUUUGAUACCGAUUUGGAGAAUGAAAUUUCUGAUUUAACUUACAAAAAAGCUAGAAUAAUUAUUUUGACUUCAUUGAACAAAAGGAAAUCUCAGAGAGACUACUGGUCAACUGAUCCCUUUUUAUCUUGUGAUGUUAUUAGCUCUGCAAUGUCCCGUGAAAAGUUUGAAGAGAUCAAAUCGAAAUUAAAAUAUUCAAAAGCAAAAGAUCAAAAUCCCACUGACUAUGGUUGGCAUGUCCGCUCUUUACUAAACUUAUUUCAAACUAAUAUUUUGAAGUUUGGUAUUUGGAGAAGUGCUCUUUCCAUCGAUGAAAUGAUGGUUAAGUCUUAUGCGUGGACGGUACUAAAACAAUUCAUUCGAGGAAAACCCAUACGAUUUGGUCUCAAAUUUUGGGGUCUUUCCACUUCCGAUGGUUUUGUAUUAGGUCUUGACUUAUACUGCGGAAAAAAUUCUUCGACGGGCGGUAAAUUUAGUAAGUGUGUAUUAGGUUCUCGCGUUGUCAUGAACUUACUACAACAUUGUUUUGAUACUAUCCCUCAAGACAAAGUGCCUAAGUUCCAUUUAUAUUUUGAUAAUUAUUUUACAAGCUUAGAUCUUGUUGGGCAUUUGAAGAGGUUGGGGCUAAAAUGUACAGGCACCAUUAGAGAAGAUAGAAUCAAAGAUAAAAAUGUUUUGAGUAAAAAAGCUCAAAGAGGUGAGUAUGUCGUAAAGCAUGAUAAGAACAGCGGUGUAAAUUACAUUACUGUGAUGGAUUCGAAACCAGUUUUGAUUGUUUCUGCCGCUGCUGGGGUAACUCCAUUAUUCGCUGCAAAAAGAUAUAAUAAGCAAGAACGAAAUAAAGCCGAAGUACCUUUUCCGAGAGCUAUCAGCAUCUACAAUAGUUUUAUGGGUGGCAAUGAUGUUAAUGACGUCCAUUGCAACUAUUUGCUUCCAACUAUUCGAUCGAAAAAGUGGACGUGGGUAGUUUUUUUGAGACUCAUCCAAGCUUCAAUUGUAAAUGCUAAUGUAAUAUUCAAUGCUGUCAGUGACGCGGAAAAAAGAGUCGGAACCAAAGACUUUGCACUUUCCUACCAAGGCGAGGACUCACAAGGAUCGGAGGUUCACCAAGUAGAGAAGAAUAAGUCCCUGAACCCCUAA